AUGACACCUGAAUGCGAUAGCAGGCGUAACCGCAUUGAGUCCCUCAAGAAAAGCGCUCGAAAGUUCGAUCAGCCGUCGGAUAUUCCUCCAUAUCCUCACUUUGAUUCUCUUGAACCUUCAUCAUCAGUGGCACCUAUUCUAACAUCAGGAACGUAUGAUCCUGUUCUCUCUGACCGUGCAACCACUUCCUCUUUUCGUCUUCUCAGCAGAACAUUUCCUGAAAAGUCGUCGUUUUUUCCAAGAUCAAGUCUUCAGAGUUCUGGCUUUCUGUUCAAUGAUGAUGGUGACAGCUCUUCUAAUGUUCGCUCCCGAACCACCCAACCCUCUUGUUUCUCCCCGCCCCCUUAUCCUCCACCAAAGAUCGUCCCUGCGUUACCUUUUGGGCGACCCUCCCCAAUGUCUUCGGCUCCAGAAGUAAGCCUUCGACGAAACCACCCAAACAAAGAUGAUUAUGUCAAGUCAUGGUCUCUUGACGCUGCUCGGUAUCGACCUCAGGUCCUUCUAAACGAGCAACGACUCAGCCUCCUAGUUUCUCCACGUGGGCCAUUGCCAAUGGAACCACUGUUGGAUCGUUCCGAAAGUUCUGAAUUGGGCGAUGUUGGCGCCGAUCCCCUCAUGCACCGCACGACGACGACCACCGACACCCUCCAGCCCUCGCGGGCGACGGGGCAGCCCGCCUUCGAGGCGUCGCAGGUGUCGCUGCCGUCAACGCGGCAGGUGAAGGCGGCUGCGGCCACACUGCCUGCCAGCACCGUCAACCCUAUGUCUCUCGACUACCGCACGCGAACCUUGAGGUGUAGCUGGACAAAGAUGCCACUCGGGAAAUCAAGUAAGCCCAAUGUUGCUGGCUUCCGUUUCUGCUACCUCCUAACCCUCCCCCCUGUUUUUUUCGUUUCGCUUCCCGCCUUCAUGAUUCUCUGCUCAAACCAGCCUUCUUAUUCCAGCGCCUCGAGUCUGCAAAGCGGCGUCGACGUGGAGAAGUUGGACAGUGAAAGAGGUGGCGCCCACCGUAACCCCAACAAACUAUCUGGCAUCCGUCGACUUCAGACGGCUUUUCGAGGGGCUAUGAAUGCAGUGCGCUCUGCUACAAAGACUAAAAUUUUUAGCCAAGAUGAACCAUCGUCGGAUGAAGAUGACGAAGUCAUUGGGAAUCAGGGCAUCAGGUUGCGCUGUUCUCGGAAGAUCAAAAGUCACAGGGAGUUCCUUCAAAUAAAGCUGGUUCAGAAGAUGGAUAACGACCAUAUAGGUGCCAUCUGGGCUAUGCGUUCGUCACCUUGUGGCCGACUCUUGGCCACCGCCGGCUACGACCGGAAUAUUCGUAUUUGGGUGCUGAGGCAAUGGCACAACCACUUCAGGACCAUGCUUCAGUCCACAGCCAAUCAAAUGCACGAAGGGGGAGAAGUGCCUUCGAACCUCAAUGCACCCUCUCAGCUGCCUGUCGACGACCUUGACAUUGAAUCCUUGAGCAUGACGUCAGCCUCUCUGUCCACUGGUCGCACUGAUGACGGAGCAAGCUCGUGUAGCAGUUCAGGUGUUAUGGAUGCUGCCGCGGGUUCCGUUCGGAGUCGUGGGGAGGUCAACCCCUCCGACCUAGUUCUGGGCUCCGGAGGGAACACGGAGGUGCGAAGGUCGCCCUUUUACCACCCACAGCCACUCCUCGUCUACCGCGGUCACGAGGGCGUUGUUACUGAGCUCGCCUGGUCAAAGAACCUCUUCCUGCUCAGCACUGGCAUGGAUCGCCAGGUCCGGCUGUGGCACAUCUCGCGCUCGGAGUGCCUCUGCGCCUUUAGCCACAACGACACCGUCCCAGCCAUCGUCUUCCAUCCCAAGGAUGAUCGGUACUUCCUCUCAGGUAGCCUAGACGGGAAACUUCGUCUCUGGAAUAUCCCGGACAAGAAGGUCCGCUUCUGGGUGGACGUUCCGCUGCCCUCCUCCCUGCCUCCGCCCUCCUUCCCCUCCUCCGAUCGCGGGCUGUCCCCCGAGCCCAAGACCAUCAUCACGUGCGCCACCUUCGCUUGUGACAGCACCAAGGUGGUCGUCGGCAGCUACGACGGACGCGUCAUGUUCUUCAAUACUGAGUUAACCUACAUCACCUUCAUUGCCGUUAAGUCGGUCUCUGGGCGGUCUCAGCAAUGCCGCGUAACUGCCAUCGAGGUCGACCCCACUGAUUCCAACAAGGUCCUUGUUACUUCAAACGACUCCCGUGUUCGGUUAAUAGAUGCAAGGGACUACCACACCUUGUGCAAGUAUCGCGGCUUCUUGAAUGAGACCAGUCAAAUUCGGGCUUCUUUCAGCGCCACCGGUCGUUACAUAAUAUCCGGAUCAGAGAACUGUUUCUUCUACAUUUGGCGCAAGCAGAUGGAUUUUCUCAACGUCUCUCGAUUUUCCUCCUCACGGAAGGACCGCAAUAACUGCUGGGAAGCCAUCAAAGCCCACGACGCGGUUGUCACGGUUGCCGUGUUCCUGCCCAAUCCCGAUCUGCUGUUGGACAAGCGUCUGCGUCGCUGGAAUUCUGCCAGACGGCGUGCCGGUGUCGAUCAUGCUCUGCGGAUGAAAAUGGCCAGCAAGGUGUCCACGUAUUGGGGCGAGGUAAUUGUCUCCGCCGACUGCAAUGGGUGUAUCAGGGUUUUCAAAAAUCGUGCUCCCCUAGCCACACCUCUUGCAAACGCCGGCAAUAACCGGGAGGGAUCCUGA